GGCGCUGUACACCUCCUAUGUCAGGCCUCGAUCGGAGUUUGUGAGCACAGUGGUAUAUCCGUGUACCGCUGCCGAAACUGUGAAGCUGGCGAGGGUCCACGAGCUGCCACUCGCAUGAUUGCGGGUUACGUGGGUGUUGCUACACUGAACGAUUGCAUGCCACUGGAUUGCUUCCAGAGUCAUAUCGCCGAGUACGGGGUGACAUCAUAUGUGUACGACGUAUUCUACGUGGUGACGUGGGCUGAGAGCUGA